GUCGGCUCGGUUCGCGACUCGACUCGCGCGCACUGCCAGUGCCAGUUCGCUCGGAGCGGUGCAAUAAUAACACAACGUAUAUAGAGGUAGUCCUACACACGGUGCACGGAUAGUGUGUCGUCGAGCCGAGCGCCGCGCAUUAUUAUCGCGUAUUACAUACACGCGUACCUGCGCUGUAUAUAUUAGCACGUUAGCUGCAUGUCUAUUUGACACACCGCUCGCACUGCUUGCUGCAACGACGACGACGACGACGAAGACGACGCCCUAUCGUUUUAUAUUUUUUUUGCAAGAAAUAUAACAGGAUAAUCGGCCGCGCGCACACGUUACACAGGAGCUGGUCUGGUCAUGAACAGACGAUCGUCGAUCGUCGCGACUCGACGCCCCUCAGCUCCGACCUUAAUAAUCGUCCUAGCAUCUGCUGCAGUUCCACGCUCGACAAGUCCAUCCACGCAUCAGAUUAAUCAAAAAUGAGUCUGCCAGUAGCAGAAGACGCCACUGACAAUGCGGCUGCCAUACCUUUGGGUGUUCAACCCAAGCAAACAAGAGAAUGGGUGAAAUUCGACGAGGAUUCACCCGGUGCCUCUUCCACGCCAAAGAAAUCAGACCAAUCAGACACAAGCAUUCCAGCUCUAAUCAAGCCAGAUUCUGUAACGGUUGACAUUACCAAGAUAAACAGGUCUUUGGAUACGAGUGAGAGUGAACACAAGAACGCUGAAAAUCAUAGUGGUGCUGCUGUGAUAUCAGCCAAUUCGGUGCAUGUGAAUUUGGAUCGAUCAGGCCUUAAUCGAUCAAUUACGAAUGAGGUUCCAGAAGUUAAUGUGCAGCCAUCGGCUGCUGGUGUUUUUAAUCCAAAAAGUGCCUCCUUAAAAACUAUAGAUUUAAGAGAUGCUAAUAAUGGUAGAAGUAAUGUCAUUAAUACUCCUAUUGGUGUUAUAAGGCAAGGCUUUGCCAAUGGUGAUACAAUAGUUACGCUGCUACCAGUAAAUACUAAAUGGCCAUGGAUUACCCCUGCCAAGUUUCGUCCAGAACUUGUGCCCGAAGAGUUGAUGGCACAAGGUUUAACAUUGACUGUAGAAGAUUAUGUUCAGAUAAUGGAAUUGCUCACAAACGAUGUUCGAUUUAAUGUGUAUAAUAUUUGCUAUAAGAGAAUUUUGGUUGCUUGGAUUUGUACAGCAUUCGCAGUUCUGCUUGGCCUGUUGUUUUCCGGAGCCACAGGACUGCCCUUGUUCGGUUUGGGAGUUAUGUGGCUGAUAAUGAAUGCGGUGGCAAUAUUCGUGUGCAUGUUCAUAAAGAUCAAGAUCAAUCAAAAUCUUGAAAGAUGCAUGGCUCAAGUGAACAAACAUCUGCUGAGACACAAAAUACUGCUUGGCCUCGAUGAUAGAGGGAAAAUAUCGUGUCACAAAGUUAAUUUAUGUUUCAUAUAUUUUGACACAACUGACUGCAUUAAAAAAUUGCAGGAAGUAAUCGAGCGAGAGGAGCGCGACGGACGAAUCAUCGGCACCAACAGCGACGAGAGCUCGAGAGCCAAGCGACAACGCGAGCUGCAGCAGCGAAUGGACAUCGACGACAGUGACAUCGUCAUCCAAGGCUCGACGACGACCCGAGUCUCACGCAAACAGAACAAGAGCAAGGAAUUAUUGUGCCGUUACACGCAACGCUGGGCCAAGGAUUACCUGAGGCGCCGGCUGGACUGGACCCUGGUGGAGGAAGGCGGCAAUCCGGCCGCCCUGGCCAGGCAUCUAGGCUCGGCGCUCUGCCCGUGCCAGUACAUCGAGGAGUGGCUGCGCUGCAAGACACCCACGGACGGCCUGUGCCCGCAGAUGAGCCUCUACCUGCGCGAUCGCGGCCUCUGAUGCCGCGAGAUACUGCAUCCCGCACGCGUUGAAUGAGAUGCGCGGAAAGAAAGAGAGAGCUAUACGGAGAGAGAGAGAGAGAGAGAGAGAGAGAGGCAGAGUUUUUUUAAGCGAGUACUUCUAACUUUUUCCCCCUACGAAUCUUUUACGAUCGAGAAGCGUGAUAGCGUACGAGGAAAGCACAAUUUGUAAAUAAGUUAAUUAGGUAUAGGUACUUGAAUAUGUUUUAUUUAUAACUAGCUUUAUUUAUGGAUUUACUGAUUAAUUCUGUAUUCAUUCCGUCGAUUGUACAUUGUCAAUAUUUUAGUCCCAGUUCAACUGGAUGUACAUUCUGAAUUUUUGUAUAGAUUUUUUUUUACCUGUGCAGAGUGCACACAGCGGGCCGAAAUCGAUUUACGCGCCGCACACAAACCGUGCACGUGAAUUCAAAUAUCUCGAUCGAAAAAUUAAUUGUUCUGCAAUUGGCUCGACGCUGAUCGAAACAAUCUGCAUUAUUCAUUCGUUAAUCGAUCGGUCUGUAUUUGAUCAAGCGAGCGAUAAAGUUUUAUGAGUGCGAGGUGUGCUGUGGAAUCAACGACGAUAUCCACGUGCUCGCCCUCUCGCAAGCUGUCUAUAUUUCCGCCUCUCUCUCUCUCUCUUUGACAAAUACGAGAUACAUAUAAAUUCUUCGCAAUUAAUUUUUUUUUAUCAUUAUGCAGUCGAAUGCAUACUCUAACAAUUUAUACGCUUGUUUAUUUUGUUGGCGAUCGAUUGGUUGAACUUCUACUUGAGAUUGUUAUAUUUGAAAACUUGAUUGUUUAAAUAUCGCGUAGAUAUUUUUUUAUUAUAUUACGAAAUUGCUCAUUGCGUUAUUUUAAUGUUACUGCAAAUGUAUUUCCACAUAUUUUUUUAUUCUUUAUCGACUAAUUUAAAAAAAAACGAAAGAUGAAGUUUUUAUAAAGUACUUAAAACAAGUGCUACAGUCGUUUAUUGCACUCGUUGCUCAUAUUUUCGAUGUAAACACUUAUAAGCGGUACUUAAAAAUAUAGUUAUUAGACGUUAACGUUUAAGUAUUAAGUUUGAGAGAAACUUUUAUCAUGUUAAGUUGGAAGAGUUAUUAAUCACAUUUUUCUCGUACGUUGUACUUAUCGACGAGCUGUAGAUUUUUUUUCAAAUUGUAAAUCGAAAUAAUCAUAUAAGAAAUUACUAUUUAAUUGAUGAUAUGGCAAAAAAAUUGUGUCAGUAAACAUUGAUAAUAAAUAUAAACAGUAAAAGUUUUCCAAACGACGCUCGCGAGAGCCGAACGAUGUUAUUAUCUGUUUGAGAAAGUAAAUACGAGUUAUAACAUUCCGUCCAUUCAUGUUACGAAGUUGAUUUUUCGAGGGAUUAUACAGUACAUUACGAUUUUGCAUGCUUUACAAAAGUGUGUAACUGUUAAAUGCUACGUGAAAUAGUUUUCAUGUUUGAAAAAUCAAUAUUUUUCGUAAAAAUUGAUUAAAAGCGAUUUAAUUGCACAUAACAUGUUUUCACACAAUCAAAAUUAGUCAUAUGUUUUUGUAAAUCUUGAAGCUUUGAUCAUGUUAUCAAAUAUAUUUUAUUUAUAUUAUAUUUAAGAUUAUAAUGAUAUGAGUAGAACACAGAUGAUGAAAAUAAAGAAUUUUUUUCCCCCAUACAGUACAUGUUAUAUACUUCUUUAUUAUAUUAAUUUUUAUGUAGUUUCCCAUUUGUAGUAUUUUCCAAUAUACAACACCAAUAGUGAUGAUAAGCAAUGUAAUUUUGUUUCUUUUCUUGUAACAUAGUGCCAUAAAUGAGAAAAAUUACCAAUUAAAAGUAAUUUGAUAACUUUUUUCUGUAAUAUCACAUUCGUAAACGAAACGAAUAUCGAUUUUAUUACAAGUGAACUAUUGUCAAUUUUUGAUCAGUACGAAACUAAGCAGAAAAUAAUCAUAAUAAUAAUUAAAUGGAUUCAAUUUUAUCGAGGGACUCAAAUCGCCUUAUCGAAUGCGUAAUAAUUGCAAGCUUAUCUAUAUCCUCUGUGUACUGAUCACUGAGAGUAUAAAGGUAAAGUGUCAACGACAUGAUCGUGCGCUACCGUUGCUACAUAUUUUAACCGAUUUUUGUGACCUUGAUAAACCGGUCGAAUGUUAGCGUGUCUGUGUGUGCACUGAUUACAAUUACGAUCGAGCAUUUGAUUAAUCUUAAAAAAAAACCAAAGAAUCGUAAUUGACGUUGUUGAUGAAAAAAAAAAAAAAAAAAUGUAUAUCUUUACGACUGUGGACGAUUAAAUCUUGUGAAAUUGUUGUAACCAUUCUUUGUACUUAUCAAAAAAUAAACAAUCAAUUAUGAAUUUAUACAAUUUUCAAUCAUCUUCAUUAAUUUGUAAAUGAAAAAAGUAAAAUAAAAAAUGAAAUCAAGUCACGUGAAAAUUAUCAUGCGGUACAUUGCACUGUCUUUUUUUCUG